AUGAGGGAGGAGCUACAGAAAUCAAAGUUGGAAUUGGUAGAUCUGCUGCAACAAUUCCUUCAACGGAUGUAUGAGAAGAUUGACGAAUUCAAGAACUCUGUAAGUGAAAAUUUGUUAGCAUUAGAAAAGAAAGAUCCAACAGCAAGUAUGGCAUCUCAAUUAGUCAGAAAUUCUCUAGAAUCAAUUCACGACCAGAGCUACCAACCUUGGUGCUGA